UUUCUAUCCGCGCUCCCAUUGGCCGAGCGUCUCUUCAUCAGCCGUCUCCGUCCACUUUAAACCGGACUGCUCAUUGUAAGAAACCGUUAGAUGUGAGAAUUACCUUAACGACACGAUUUGUACCUUUAAAAUGAGUCGCGUUGACCCGUCCCGCGGAAGAAAGUAGUCCCACACGCGGAACCGCCGUCGCCCUCGAUGGCGUUAAACGGCCACCGAGGCGACAUCGAAGUCAACAACGACGAGGACGAAACGCCCACGAAGCCACUGCGCUCUGCGAGGGAGGAGAUGACGCCCGACGACCCUGCGGACGAGCCGGCCGGCGGGACCGCGACAACCGGGGGACCAGGCGCCUCUGCCCGGGGAGCGUCCCUCCAUCGUCCGGGGACGACCAGGAGCGACUCGCUGAGGAGGAGCCGACCACCUUUCCCCUGGUUCGGCAUGGACAUCGGCGGCACUCUGGUGAAGCUGGUCUACUUCGAGCCGAAGGACAUCACGGCGGAGGAGGAGCAGGAGGAGGUGGAGAACCUCAAAAGCAUCCGCCGAUACCUGACAUCCAACACGGCGUACGGGCAGACGGGGAUCCGCGACGUGUACCUGGAGCUCAAGGACCUGUCGCUGUGCGGCCGGACAGGGAACCUGCACUUCAUCCGCUUCCCGACCUACGACCUUCCCGCCUUCCUGCAGAUGGUCCGCAACAAACACUUCUCCAGCCUGCACACCACGCUGUGCGCCACGGGGGGCGGCGCGUACAAGUUCGAGACCGACUUCCGAACGAUGGCAGACCUGCAGCUGCAGAAGCUGGACGAGCUGGACUGCCUGAUCCGGGGGGUCCUCUUCACCGAGUCGGUGGUGGUCAGCGACCCGUCGGAGUGCUACUACUUCGAGAACCCCAGCGACCCCGAGCGCUGCGAGCAGAAGCCCUAUGGGCUUCAGGACCCCUACCCCCUGCUGCUGGUCAACAUCGGGUCGGGGGUCAGCAUCAUGGCCGUGUACUCGGAGACGGACUACAAGAGGGUCACCGGGACCAGCCUCGGUGGGGGGACCUUCCUGGGUCUGUGCUGCCUGCUGACUGGCUGCUCCACCUUCGAGGAGGCCCUGGAGAUGGCGUCAGAGGGGGAGAGCACGCGCGUGGACAAGCUGGUGAAGGACAUCUACGGCGGGGACUACGAGCGCUUCGGCCUCCCCGGCUGGGCCGUGGCCUCCAGCUUUGGCAACAUGCUGACGUCGGAGAAGCGGGAGGGCGUGUCCAAGGCGGACCUGGCCCGCGCCACGCUGGUCACCAUCACCAACAACAUCGGCUCCAUCACCCGCAUGUGUGCCCUCAACGAGAACAUCAACAAGGUGGUGUUUGUGGGGAACUUCCUGCGGGUGAACACCUUGUCCAUGAAGCUGCUGGCCUACGCCAUGGACUACUGGUCCAAAGGACAGCUCAAGGCCCUGUUCCUCAGGCACGAGGGGUACUUUGGAGCUGUGGGGGCGCUGCUGGAGCUCCUGCAUCCGUCCUAGGAGGAGAGGGAGGAAGAGGAGGAGGAAGAGGAGGAGGAGGAGGACCACGAGGAAGCACUUUAAACCUCCUGUACCGCUAGCCACUAGCAC